AUGCUGCGGCUCCGGCUCGGGAUGCUGCGGUUCGGGCUCCGGAUGCUGCGGUUCGGGCUCCGGCUCCGGAUGCUGCGGGGACUCGGGCUGCUGCGGCUCGGGCUCCUCCAGCUGCUGCUGCUUCCCCCUGCGGCGCCGGCGGCAGCGCGGGAGCGGGUGCGGGUGCUGCGGGGGCAGCCGAAGGUCUCAGUGCUCCAGCAACACCCAGAGUCCCGGCUGCUGCGGCGGCUGCUGAGGCCCCGGAGGCCCCGGAGCAGCCUCUCCAGAGCCACCCGCCAAUCAGAGAGCGGCCCGCCGCCUGGGCAGCCACCCCGCCUCCGCCUCCUCUCGCUCUGUGGAAUUCCGGCCUGGGGCUCCCCUUCGUCCCAGGCCCCCAUCAAGCUCUCUGCACCUGGAUGUCCAGGAAUCCACCCUGUUCUCGGACCCACAAAACUUCCCGAAUGCGUGAUUUUCCUGCCUGGGACCCUGAGAGCCACGGUGGACUCUACUGCCUGCAUGGACACUGCACUCUGCUGUCUGCAUAGGCUACCACACAGUAGGUGCUCAAUAAAUGCCUACUGA